GGAAAAAUGAAAGUUCCUUCGAUUUCAUAAUUUUGCUGAGCGCCUGAUUUCCCCAGGAUGCCUCACCUUUUGUUUGCCCGACCCCCAGACCCGAGACAUAGACACAGCCUUGAGAGUCCCCCAGACCCUGGACAUAGACACAGCCUUGAGAGACCCCCAGACCCGAGACAUAGACACAGCCUUGAGAGACCCCCAGACCCGAGACAUAGACACAGCCUUGAGAGACCCCCAGACCCGAGACAUAGACACAGCCUUGAGAGACCCCCAGACCCUAGACAUAGACACAGCCUUGAGAGUCCCUGUGACCCUAGACAUAGACACAGCCUUGAGAGUCCCUGUGACCCGAGACAUAGACACAGCCUUGAGAGUCCCUGUGACCCUAGACAUAGACACAGCUUUGAGAGUCCCUGUGACCCUAGACAUAGACACAGCCUUGAGAGUCCCUGUGACCCUAGACAUAGACACAGCCUUGAGAGUCCCUGUGACCCGAGACAUAGACACAGCCUUGAGAGUCCCUGUGACCCUAGACAUAGACACAGCCUUGAGAGUCCCUGUGACCCUAGACAUAGACACAGCCUUGAGAGUCCCUGUGACCCUAGACAUAGACACAGCCUUGAGAGUCCCUGUGACCCGAGACAUAGACACAGCCUUGAGAGUCCCUGUGACCUUAGACAUAGACACAGCCUUGUGAGUCCCUGUGACCCGAGACAUAGACACAGCCUUGAGAGUCCCUGUGACCCGAGACAUAGACACAGCCUUGAGAGUCCCUGUGACCCUAGACAUAGAUACAGCCUUGAGAGUCCCUGUGACCCGAGACAUAGAUACAGCCUUGAGAGUCCCUGUGACCCGAGACAUAGACACAGCCUUGAGAGUCCCUGUGACCCGAGACAUAGAUACAGCCUUGAGAGUCCCUGUGACCUUUGACCUAUCCCUGGUGCAUGUUUUUGUUUUCCUCUAACUGUUGCCCUUGAUGCAUGCCUCC